AUGACGUUAAAUAUUUUUUUUGUUGUGUGUCAUGGAGGGGGAAAAGAAAAAUCAUCAACGAGUAAAAAAUCAUUGAAUCGAAUAAAAUCGGGUGAAACACAAAAGCACAAAAUAAAUUAUGAAUCUCUUAAAAAUGUUUCGAAUAAAGAAAAUGAUGAUUUACUACCAGAGAGUGCAAAAUUACACAGGGAAUCAAACGAAAAAAAAAAAACCAAAGAAACAAAUGAUGAUGAUAAUAAAAUCAUCAACGAAUCAAACCUUUCUCAUACCACCAAUGUACCUGAUAAGACAUCUCUUCCAACGGCAAAUUUUCAAACGUCAAUAGGUACGAAUCCGAUAUGUAUAAAAAUAGUUGAAGGUAAAGCAUACGAAUUGGUUGAUAGAAAAUCAACGGAAAUGUCAAAAAGCGAUUUGGAAAUAUUCGAAGCUCGGCAAAAAGUUUUAGAAGAACAAAAUAAAAAAAGAAAAGAAAUGUUGGCUAAAAUAAUAUUAGACAGGAAGAAACAAACGACGGAAGAAGCCAAAAGGUUACAACACAUACAAGAAGAAUUACAAAAAUUGGAUUUGUUAUUGAGUAGCGACGUUGGAAUACUGAGAAAUAAAAUCGAAGAAGCUUCUUUGGAUUUUGCCGAAGCUCAAAAACGUUACAACAAAGCGGAAAAAGAAUUUUUAGACUCGAAACAAAAUCUAUUUGUUAAAUUGGAAAAAAAAGAACUUUUAACAAAAUUACUUUGCACAAUAAUCGAACAAAACGAAUUGAGAAAAGCUCAAAAAUUAUCCGAACUCAUGGAAAAAUUAGAAGUUAAAGACAAUGGAAAAAGGAUCGAACAAUACGAAAAAAUCGUGCCUGAUGAUCAAAGUGCCUCAACGACAAAUUCGAAUUUAGAAAAAGGUGAUGAUGAUGAUGAUGAUAAUAAAAUGAUCAAACCGUCCUAG